AUGGUCGUUCUUGGUAUAUUCAACAAAGAAGGGGGAGAAAUGGCUUUCAAUAAUUCAAGUAUAGAGCCCCCGUCGAUCGUUGUCAAGGACCUGUCUUACAAGUUUCAGGAUGGCACACCCGGUCUGGUAGAUAUAAACCUAGACCUCCCUGCAGGGAGCAGAACCCUGCUCAUCGGCGCCAACGGUGCUGGGAAGACGACCCUUCUGCGCUUACUGGCAGGGAAACGUCUGGCACCCUCCAACACGAUAACCGUGGCCGGCAUUGAUCCCUUCCAACAAGGACUGGAGGGUGUGACUUAUCUCGGGGUUGAAUGGGUUCUCAAUCCCAUCGUUCGGACGGACAUUGAUGUCCCGGCACUUCUUGCCUCUGUUGGAGGUAAUGCUUAUCACGAGCGAAGGGAUGAGCUCGUGCGCAUCCUUGACAUAGACCUGCGCUGGCGCAUGCAUGCCGUUUCAGACGGUGAACGACGUCGAGUCCAGCUUGCCAUGGGCUUACUUCGCCCCUGGCAAGUAUUGCUCCUUGACGAAAUCACCGUGGAUUUAGAUCUACUUUCACGGAGCAAUUUCCUUGCUUGGCUCAAACAGGAAACUGAAUCGAGGCCCUGCACGAUUGUCUACGCUACGCACAUCCUGGACAACCUGGCUCAAUGGCCAACCCAUCUAGUGCACAUGCACCUCGGCAAUGUCAGACAAGCGGGCCCCAUUGAAGAAUUCAAGGUUGAAGCCCCUCAAGGGACCGGCGAAAAUAGCCAAUUGGGUGAACUCGUUCUCAAAUGGCUCAAAGAGGAUUUACAGGCCAGAGGCCCUAGAAAUCAGAGACCAAGCCAGGAGAAGACCUAUGAGUCUCUGGAAGGGAAAGGUGGGUAUGGUUUCGAGAAAAGGGGCUAG